AUGUCUUCCUACUCCUUUUCCUUUACACCAUUUCUUCAUAUUGAAGAUGAAUAUGGUGGUGUCAAUGACUUUGACCCAUCUGGAACAUCAGAAGAUACUUUUAACCUUUUAGCUGACGACACACAAUCAUUUGUUUUAAAUGAGGAAGAGUCUUUAAGUGAGUUUUUUGAGAAUAACUACGAAAAAGUUGAAAAUAUUGAACCAUUGUACUCUAUUAAGCCAGAUAUGACUUUCCUUAAAAAUCAUAGAUUAGAACAAGGCUUUGCAUUUACGAUUACCUAUAGCGAUAAAGAUAAGGAUGAUGGUUUUCCUCAAUGUCAUAUUUAUGCAUGCUCAAAAGAUCAAAUAUAUAAUCAACAAAAAAAAGUACAUACAAACGAAAAUCGUAAUAGAGGACAUAAUAUAAAUAAUUGCAAGUUUCAUAUUAAUGCUUAUCAUCGAAAAAAGGAUAAUCUCAUUCACAUUACAAAGGUUGAGGGUGAGAAUAAUCACGAAUUAGUGGAGAAUAUUAGAAUAGUUUUCUCUUAUUAUCGUAAGCUUACUCCAGAAAUGCGUGAUGACAUAGCACUUCUCGCUACUUGUGAGAUGCGUGCUGGUGCAAUUAUUGAAGUUUUGUAG